AGUGACAGCAAAAGUUCCGAGCGUCGUGGGUUGCUGAAUCUUUGUUGAUAGCGAUUUCCGUUCUUAUACAAUACGAUUUUACCUUUCCACACUAUUUUACACAUUCGGAACGCAACGCAUUUGCGUUAUUUUCCUAUCGUGGUGCUUAAUCGUCGAAAAUUGUUCGUUCAUCGCCGAAUCGAGUGAAAGGCAUUGGUUGAGCCGGUGCCGACCAACGUGUCACAUUGCGUGCAGAAGGAGUUUGGCGGAUAACGUACGUGUCGCCUUUAUCCCGGUCGUGGUAAAUUGGUGGGGUGAUCGGUAUCGUGGAAUUUUGGUUCUCCGCUUGCUGAAGGGUUCGUGCCUAGCAUUGGAUUGCUAAAAUAAGAAAGUAGCACUGCUGAACGCGUGUGUGAACUUGUGUGAACGAUGGGAAAGGCUAAGAAGGGCAAGAAGGAUGCGGCCGGUGCAGGUGUCGAAGAAAAUGUCAGUGAUAACGAUGUUCCGCAGACGGACAUCACGGAAGUGGAGGAGGAAAACAGGAAAAAUGAUAAAAAAUCGAAAAAGGAAAAACGAGCCAAGAAAGUAGCUGCGGAUAGCGAUGAAGGUGAAGAAGAUGAUGUUACCAAGGUAACGGAGUCGGUUAAAAAGAUGGCUGUGACGAAAAAGAAGGACAAGCAGCCAUCUACUGAAACGGAACCAACUGCCGGCCACGGUUCCGAUGAAGAGAAGCAAGACGAGAAAGGUGGCAAGAAUAAGGAUGCGAAGAAGAAAAAAUCGGCCAAAUCUGGGCCAGUCGGAUUUUCUUUACUGAUGAUGGAUGACGAUGACGAUGAUGAUGAGCAGCCGGAGGAGCAGGAUGAAGAUCGCGAAGAAUUGUCCCGCAAAAGUUCCAUAGAGGCGGAUGCUGCUCCAAAGGAAGGUGGCAAAGGAAAAAAGGCAACGCAGAUCAAAAAGGAUGCCGAACCGAAGGUGGAAGAAGAAGACGGUGGUUCAAAGGGUGGCAAAAAGAGCAAGAAGAAGAAAAAGAAGGAAGAAGAUGAUGAUGACGAGAUCGAUCGAAUGCUUGCGGAACUAGGAAUGGAAUACUCUGGCCAAAAACCACCUCCGUCUGCCGACGAUGCAGCCACCGUGCAAGAUUCGCAGCCAUCCGAGAAGCAAAGCAAGAAGAAAGAUAAGAAGAAGAAAAAGGAUGAAGAGCCUGUCGCUAGCCAGCCGGAAGUGCCGGUUGUGGAAGUAAAAACUGCACCAGAGAAGAAAAAGGGUAAGCAGAAUGCCCCCGCCAAGGAGGAAUCAGUCGCAGAACCGGCAGAACCUGCCGCAAACGAAGAGCCGAAGAAGAAGGGUAAAAACAAGGGCAAAAAGAACGAUACUUCUACGACGAUACCGGCCGAGGAAGGGACGGCAGCUGCGCCCAAAAAGGGCGACGCAUCCGGUAAGGGCGAACCAGCGAAGAAGGCCGAAACCACGGACGCUCCCAGCGCAGAAGCUUCAGCCGAUACGAAGAAAAAGAAACCCAACAAGGCCGCACUGGCCAUUAUGCAGGAACGCCUGAAAGCGAUCCGCGAGGAGGAGGAACGUUUGCGGAAGGAGGAAGAAGAGAAACAAAAGCUGGAGGAGCAAGCGGAACAGUUCCGGCUGGAGCAGUUACGACUAGAGCAGGAGAAGAAGGAAAAGAAGAAGCAGAAGGAGAAGGAACGUAAGGAGCGGUUAAAGGCGGAGGGCAAGCUGCUUACUGCCAAGCAAAAGCAGAAUCGGGCCCGUGCCCAAGCGAUGUUGGAAGCACUCAAGGCACAGGGUGUGGGUAUCCCCGAGACGACCGGCGAGCGUCGAGCAAAGCCCGGUUCUCGCAUCCGUUCGAAGAAAAAUCAAGACACCAACAAGGAGGUGACCGAGUCGAAGGAAUCCACACCUACAGCGGACGAAGUGAAAGCGCAAGAAGAAAAGAAGGCGAAGGAAAAGCAGGUGAAGGAGUCCUGGGACGCGACAGAUAGCGAAGAGGAGGAAGAGGAGGAGGCAGCUAAGCCUGGUACCGAGUUGUCGCAACAGCAAUCGGUUGAAUCAAAAGACAGUCGUGGAUCGGACGACGAGGAGGAUGGUGAUGAUGAGGAUGAGGAAGACGACGACGGUGAUGACGAUGACGAUGAGGAUGGUUCGGAUGACGACGAUAGUUCCGGCUCGGAAGCGGGCGAUCAUCGGAAAGAGGCAGAAAAAAUGCGCCAGCGCGCGUUGGACCGAAUCGCGAAUCGUACACAAGAGGCCGAAAAGAAGAGGACGCUCGAAAACCUGCGAGCCGCCGUAGUCUGUGUGCUGGGACACGUAGACACGGGCAAAACGAAAAUUCUGGACAAGCUGCGGCGUACCAAUGUACAGGACGGUGAAGCGGGCGGUAUCACGCAGCAGAUUGGUGCCACGAACGUGCCGGCCGAAAACAUAAAGGAACAGACGAGGUUCGUGAAGGGCUUUCAGGAGCUUGAGUUCAAGUUGCCCGGUUUGCUGAUUAUCGACACACCCGGGCACGAAUCGUUCAGCAAUUUGCGAUCUCGCGGCUCAUCGUUAUGCGAUAUCGCCAUCCUGGUGGUGGAUAUUAUGCACGGGCUGGAACCGCAAACGAUAGAGUCAAUCAACUUGCUCAAAUCAAAGCGCACCCCGUUUGUUGUCGCGUUAAACAAGAUCGAUCGAUUGUAUGACUGGAGCACGAUGCCACGUAAGGAUGUGCGCGACAUUCUGAAGGCACAGGCGUCCAACACGCAGCUCGAAUUCAACCAGCGCACGAAGGAAAUCAUCGUGCAGUUCGCGGAGCAGGGCUUGAACGCGGCCCUGUUCUACGAAAAUCCGGACCCGAAAACAUACGUUUCGCUCGUGCCGACGAGCGCCAUCACGGGCGAGGGUAUGGGCAAUCUGCUGUUUUUGAUAGUGCAAUUCUGCCAGAAGCAGCUUGCCAAACGACUGAUGUACAGCGAGGAUCUGCAGGCGACCGUGCUGGAGGUGAAGGCCAUUCCCGGGCUCGGCACGACGAUCGAUGCUAUUUUGAUCAACGGCAAGUUGCGCGAGGGCGAUACGAUGAUCUUGGCCGGUACGGAAGGCCCGAUCGUCACUCAAAUUAAAGCAUUGCUUAUGCCUCAGCCGAUGAAGGAACUGCGCGUGAAGAACGCAUACGUGGAGCACAAAGAAAUUUUGGCUGCGCAGGGUGUGAAGAUUGCGGCGAAAGAGCUCGAGAAAGCGAUCGCCGGAUUGAAUUUGCAGAUAGCCCAUAAACCCGACGAGGUGGAAAUUUUUAAGGAUAUAGUGGCUCGUGACUUAAAAUCGGCUUUAAACAGCAUCAAACUGAGUGACCGUGGUGUGUACGUGCAGGCCUCCACUCUGGGAUCGCUAGAAGCAUUGCUAGAGUUUUUGAGAACUUCGAAAAUCCCGUACUCCGGUAUUCGAAUUGGUCCAGUUGUUAAGCGUGAUGUUAUGAAAGCAUCUACAAUGUUGGAGCAUGAAAAUCAGUAUGCUACCAUCUUAGCUUUCGACGUGAAAGUAGAGCGCGAUGCUCAGGACCUGGCGGACCACCUGGGUGUGAAAAUUUUCCAGGCAGAUAUCAUUUACCAUCUGUUUGAUAAGUUCAUGGCGUAUCGGGACGAAAUCAAGCAACGGAAGCGAGACGAAUUUAAAUCGAUUGCCGUUUUUCCGUGCAAGCUAAAAAUUUUACCACAGUUUGUGUUUAAUUCACGUGACCCAAUCGUGAUGGGAGUGAUUGUGGAGGCCGGUAUUGUGAAGGAGGGUACACCAAUUACAGUGCCUAGCAAAGAGUUUACUGAUCUUGGCGUGGUAACGUCCAUCGAAGCUAACCAUAAGCAAAUUGAAAGUGCUCGAAAAGGACAGGAAGUAUGCAUAAAAAUUGAGCCAAUCCCGGGCGAAACACCGAAAAUGUUUGGUCGUCACUUUGAUGAAACCGACAUGUUAGUUAGUAAGAUUUCCCGUCAAAGUAUCGAUGCGUGCAAGGAUUACUUCCGGGAUGAUCUUUUGAAAUCCGACUGGACGCUAAUGGUGGAACUGAAGAAAACCUUCCAGAUUUUGUAGAGAGAGGGUGUUUUGAUGUCUGUUUUUCAUGGUUUUAUUUCGUGCGUCAAUUUUUUGUUUGUUUGAACACGUAUUUGAAUAUUUGCUUCGAGAUUUGGUACCUUUUUUAAUCCUUUAUCCGGUACGAGCACACCCGAACAGAUAUUCGUGAAAAUUCUAACCGUUAUGUUGUAUUUAAAUUGUGAUUUACAACAACAGAAACAGUCACAGUCAUGCAUUGUUGCUAGUCUCUUUGGUGUGUGGCGUGCGAGCGUCUGUCUGUCGAAUGCAAUUGAAAGGUUUGAUUUUUAACGUUAAUUUUUGUUCGGUAUUGAAUUCAGCAGAACGUCAUUUUCAUUCUCCAUAUUUAUUGGUUUCCCAUAUUUCCACAAACAAACUUUUUUUUACAUAUUUAUGCCAAUCCCAUCAACAGGUAUAUCAAUAAUUGCAAUAAUCAAUCAUCAGUUCUAUUUAAAAUGAUGCAAUAAUAUUGCAAAGUGUUUAAACGGUCCACAUAACAACAGUUGAAGUAACGUGGCAUGCCAAAAGAAAUGCUUAUUUUCAAACAAACGAACCCAAACAAAUGACAGCAAAAUAUUCUCAUUGAAAAGGAAGCAUCAAAAUUCCUCCAAAAGCCCUCGUUUACGCUGGAACAAGUACUACCAUAACACAGUCUGCCUGUUUGCAAAACGUAUAAAAAUGAAGAUGCAAAUUGAAACACA